GAUGGCUGCGCUCAGAGGACGAGAGACGCCGGCUUCCGAACACUGCUCAUUACCGCUGAGAAGAACAUCUUCCGAGGACAUCUCUUCACGUUUCAUGGAUUUAUAAAAAUGCACGCCUCGAAAUAAAGGAACCUUAACCGGAUUUAUUUAUUUGGCUCUCGGACUUUCUCCGCUUUGGAGUUGUAAACUUGUUAUUUUUUUCCUUCUCCUGCGCAGAACUGGAUUGCCAUCUUCAUGCAACUUUUUUGGAAAGACACGAAAAGCUUCUUGACUGACUCUCCGAGUAAAUCUUGUUACGGUGACGUGCCAUUUUCGCCGGGAGCGAGCGCUUUCUCGUUUCCGCUCGGCUCGGCCGGGGAGAUGUUCCAGGGGUUCCCCGGAGACCCGGACAGCGGCUCCCGUGGAAGUUCCUCUCCGUCGGUCGAAUCUCAGUACCUGUCUUCGGUGGACUCCUUUGGGAGCCCCUCCGCCACCACUGCACCACAAGAGUGUGUAUCUGCCACUGGAGGUGUAGGAGUGGGUGGCGGGCUAGUAAGCAGCGCUCCAGGGGUGGACAUGCCUGGUUCCUUUGUUCCUACAGUGACUGCCAUCACCACAAGUCAGGACCUGCAGUGGAUGGUGCAACCCACCCUCAUCUCCUCUGUGGCACCCGGACAGAGUGGUACAGGUACGACCACAAUGACCCAGUCGGUGGCCCUGGACCCAUACGACAUGCCAGGGCCAAGCUUCUCCUCUGGCUCGGGCUUUACCCCUCCCAGCUCGGACACUCCAGGUCCAGUGCGCCAGUCACGGAGCCGCAGGCGUACACGUGACGAAACGCUGACCCCAGAGGAGGAAGAGAAGAGGCGUGUGAGGAGAGAGAGAAAUAAACUGGCUGCCGCGAAGUGCCGCAAUCGACGGCGUGAGCUUACAGACAGGCUGCAGUCGGAAACCGACAUACUGGAGGAGGAGAAGGCUGAGCUCGAGGCUGAGAUCUCAGAGCUGCAGAAGGAGAAGGAGCGCCUGGAGUUUGUUCUCAUCACCCAUCAGCCGAGCUGCAAAAUCCCUUACCAGGAGGAGCAGCAACAGACAUCAGCGCCUCCUCCGCUUCCAUCUUCUUCUGUGUCAGUGGUGGGCUUGACUGUAAAGGAGGACUCGUUCUACCUGCCUCCACCUUACUCUUCCCACCAUCACCACCACCACCACCAGCAGCACCACCACCAGCAGCCAGCGCCGCAGCAGCAGCCAGCGCCACAGCAGCAGCAGCAGCAGCAAGAGAUGAUGCAGGAGGUAGCCUUUUCUAGUUCUUUCUAUGGGCCGAGCCAGCCGGCGCCGGGUGGCCCGUGCCUUGUCGCCGACUGUGGCGGUAACCCUGACGCUGGCAGCCACAACCCCUCAUACACAUCUUCAUUUGUGUUCACCUACCCAGAGGGAGCCUGCGGUGCCAGUGCUAACCAGCGAACCAGCAGCAGCGAGCAAUCCUCUGACUCCAUGAACUCCCCUCACUUCUCGCACUCUGAAUGCCCUGACCUCUCCUUUCCUCUAUUGCCCUUUUUCAUACACACAUACAAACACACACACACACCGCAAUCAUUCAGUUCACUAGCAUGCGCAGCACAGUAAAUGUGCUUAGCCUCUUUGCCAAUUUUCGAGACCAUUUGUUAUUGCAUAUCUACGUUUUACAUUUAUAUUUAUUGCAAAAAAAGAUCUGACAGUCUCAUCACUCCAGCUGAAUGGUUUUUGCACUGGUUGCAUAUGUAGUAUCAAAAUGAGUCAGCACCUGUGACAAACCCCAUCACACACGCACUUAUGACACCUAAUAAUGCACUUAGGUAUAUUCAUCUCCUCCUGCCCUCUCUCUUUCUCUUUCUCUCUCUUUUUCUCUCUCUCUUGGUUUCUUUUUUUCUCAUUUCUCACCUGUUGCUUUUACUCACUGCUGGUGUUUGAGCUCUUUUUUCCUCUUUUCAUGCUGAUCCUCUGCACAAUGUAUUUGUCUGAGCUGAAAAAAGGGACUGUGGCUUUAGUAUUUUUCAUAGGCAAAAACCCGUAAUCCACCCACGUCUGCACACAUCAUCCUCCAUCUAAUCCUUUGCUUCCUUCUCUAUCGUUGUGCCGGGACUUUUAAAUAAUGAGGGACAUCAUUUCGAUCAACAGUCAAUCAAUCAAUCAAUCAGUCAAUCAAAUCAAUAUCUAUCUCUUUUUCUUGUCUCCUGCAUCGUCCAUCUGCCCAUCUGUUUCUCCUCUCUUCUGUCUCUAUGUGCCUCUGGUAUUCUGUGAAGCCUUCAGCCCCUGAGAGCCCAUUGGACCCUGAAAGCCCGUGGAACCUUGAUUGAUGGCCGGGCCACCCCAGCACCACAGACAAGCCCCCUUUUUCCCUCCAGCAUGGACCGACUGCCACACUGCACAGAAGAAACCAGGAUUAAAAAAGAGAAAAAGAAAAAGAAAAGAAACCAGGCAAAUGUACCAGCUACAGCACACAGUUCAAAACCAGGAGUGAAUGGCAUUUCAUAGCAGGCAUUGUGUUCCGUUUUGCUUUUUUGAAGAUCUGGAAAUUGACCUGAUAGACAUAGAAAAGGUCUUGGAAGGUCUAUGCUUUAGGAGAAGCUUUUAGAGAUAGAUAUAUUUUCAUGCCCUGGAGUAAGGAAAAGCAAAAAAAAAAAAAGCCACACGAAAAACGAGCACUUAAUUAGUGUCCUGCCAAAUGCCAUUUCUUUACCGUUAUCUUCUACAGACCAUUUUUUACAACCCUAUGCCAACUCCCUUUAUCAAAGACUGUUUUCAGUGGCUUUUCGUCUGUUUCUAUCCGCAAUAGUAUUAGCUUUGACCUGGAAAAAAAGUGGCUUAAACGAACGUUACAUGUUGAAAAACUGAUCUUAUUGUGAGUGGCACAGUUUUUUAUUUCAGUCAGUGCUUAUUACAGUUUGUUACAUAGUAUAGUUAAAACGCCUUUUAAAAUGUUAUUAACCUCUUUAGAGUUUGGGCUAAAAGGCCUCUUUGUGGCUGGAUGUUGUCUUUGGGUAACAGUUCAGCAGGCAAUUGUGAAAGAGCAUCACUGAAGCUGCUUCUCCAGUUUAUUCCUUUUUUUAACUUGGUGAGAAAGCACAACUGUGGGUCAAGACAGAUCAAGGAAGACAAAAAGGAGUCGUGAAAAAGUUUUUUCCUGUGAAUUUGUUAAAUAUCAUUUUUUAUAUAUUUUUUUUAGUUGAGGAUAUAUAUAUAUAUAUAUAUAUAUAUAUAUAUAUAUAUAUAUAUAUAUAUAUAUAUAAUUCUUUUUUUCUUUUUUCGUUAUGCUUUUCUCUCGCUUUUUGACUGUGUCGUUGCUGCCAAAUGGAGGAACCUUGUGGAGCUUUGCUCCUUUUUACUCUGUUACUGUUGUCUUAUUGUAAUAAGUAUUGUUAUUCUUUUUUUAUUGUUAUCUUACAUUUGGCAACUAAAAAGACAUGUUGUGCACUAUGAACCUUUUAUAUGUCCUAUAAAGUAACCUAAAAUGCUCUAUAUUAUGUAUGCAUAUAUAUAAAUAUAUAAAUAUAUAUAUACAUAUUCACUGUGUAUAUAUAUAUGUACAAUGAUUGUAAUGUAUGAAUGUGCAGAAAUGUAAAAUGGUUAUUUUUGUUAAUGAAGAAAAAAAAGAGGGUGAGCUUGGUGUGGCUGGUUUUGGUUUAAACAUAGAUAUUUUUCUAAAAGAACAAAAAAGUAUAUUAUGAUAUACAAUAAUAGCCCGCCUUUCCUUCAAUAUGAGAAGCAUUGUCACUGCCUUUGCUCUAUUGCUGUGUAUUUAUAUGUUCUAUAUAUAAAAACACAUGAUAUGUAUGAUGAGUGUAUUCUGUGGUGCAUAUAAUGGUCGAUAUGUAUCAUGGGUUUCUAGAGGUGAAACUGUGCUUUUUGCUUUUUAUUUUAUUUUUUUUAUUUUUUGUUCUUUGUCAGUGUGAGGUUGGUCCCACAGUCGUCUCUCAGCCAUAACAACCCCUGUGGACAAAACACACUGGAUAGCAAUUAAAUAAAAAACAAAUAUAAGAAGAAAAAAAAACCAAUAAAACCAAGUGAAGAUA